AGGAAUUAUCAGAGCAUCCAAUAUCUCGCCAGCUUACAAAACAACAAUUAAUGAGCGUUAAAGAAAUGUCUACCUCUGGCUCAUGCCCUCAGGAAAUUAUAUCAACCCUCCAUCAAAAUGAUCUAUCAAUAUUAGCGAUAAGUAAAGACAUUUAUAAUGCAC